GGCGGGGCUUACGGUGCGGAGAAUCAGUCCGCUCGCUCACUAGAAGGAAGUGCAGCUGUAUUUAUUUUGAUGCACACGAGUCUUCAUCUCUUCUGGUAAAAUAACGUAAUCCCUAACAUCAGCACAGAGGGCUUUCACCCGGUUGUAUGCAUCUUUCCGGUAACGUUACAUCUAUAGCGGCAGAGGCUGUUUUCACCGGAGCAGCGAGGGUUAAGGUGGGCCUUGCCCGGAUAUCUGUCUGACGAGCGAACCGAGACCGAUCCGGUACCCGCCUCGAGAUAACCAGCACACUCAGUCCUCCGGAGAGCACACUCAGAGCCCGUCAGGACCAUCACAUUCUUGCCAGAUGGCAGAUAACCUGAGCGAAGCCCUGAAGACGCUGAAGCUCUCGUCGGCGGACAGUGUCGAGGGCUGCUUGGACUGCCUGCUCAAAGCUUUGGCCCACAAUAAUGUGGAGACCAGUGGAAAGAUCCAGGAGAUGGGUGUUCUUGCCAUGAUGCCUGCUCUUCUGUCUGCGCAGAACUCAUGCACACCUAAAGUAGCCAACAUCAUUGCAGAGGUGGCCAAAAAUGAAUUCAUGAGGAGCCCGUGUGUGGAAGCAGGACUCAUUCCUCCACUGGUUCAGCUGCUAAACUCCAAGGACCAGGAGAUACUGCUCCAGACAGGACGAGCCCUCGGCAACAUCUGCUACGACAGCCAUGAGGGCAGAAGUGCAGUUGACGCAGCGGGCGGUGCUCAGAUAGUUGCCGAGCACAUUAAGUCUCUGGCCGAAAGCACUGACCCGGCCACCGGGAAGCUCUUGACUGUCUUUUGUGGCAUGCUGAUGAACUAUAGCAAUGAUAAUGACUCGCUGCAGGCUCAGCUGAUCAUCAUGGGUGUGAUCCCAACACUGGUCAGACUGCUGGGAGUUCAUUCUCAAAACACCGCCCUCACUGAGAUGUGCCUCAUUGCCUUUGGAAACCUGGCAGAGCUGGAGUCCAGUAAGGAGCAGUUUGCCUCUACUAACAUUGCAGAGGAGCUGGUUCGCCUCUUCCGUAAGCAGGUGGAGCACGAGAAGAAGGAGAUGAUCUUCGAGGUGUUGGCACCACUGGCUGAGAACGAUGUGAUCAAGCUUCAGCUGGUGGAUGCUGGUCUGGUGGAGUGUCUGCUGGAGGUGGUGGCUCAGACGGUGGACAGCGAUAGGGACGAGGACGUGGCUCAGCUCAAGACAUCCUCAGACCUCAUGGUCCUUCUGCUGUUGGGAGACGAGUCGAUGCAGAAGCUGUUUGAGGGGGGUAAAGGCAGCGUGUUUCAGAGGGUCCUUUCAUGGGUGCCCUCCAACAACCACCAGCUCCAGCUAGCAGGAGCGCUCGCCAUCGCCAACUUUGCCCGCAAUGAUGGGAACUGCAUCCACAUGGUAGACACUGGUAUCGUACAGAAGCUUCUGGAGCUGUUGGACAGACAUGUUGAAGAGGGGAACGUGACGGUGCAGCACGCCGCCCUCAGCGCUCUGAGGAACCUCGCCAUCCCGGUGGUCAACAAAUCUAAGAUGCUCUUGGCUGGUGUGUCGGAUGUAGUGCUGAAGUUCCUCAAAUCUGAGAUGCCUCCAGUCCAGUUCAAGCUUCUGGGAACAUUACGGAUGCUCAUCGACACUCAGGCUGACGCAGCAGAGCAGCUGGGGACGAACACAAAACUGGUGGAGCGUUUGGUGGAGUGGUGUGAAGCGAAAGACCACGCCGGAGUGAUGGGAGAGUCCAACCGCCUGCUGUCCGCUCUCAUCCGACACAGCAAGUCAAAGGAUGUGGUCCGAACAGUCAUACAAGGUGGAGGUGUCAAGCACUUGGUAAUCAUGGCGACGAGCGAACACAUGAUCAUGCAGAAUGAAGCGCUGGUGGCCUUGGGUCUCAUAGCGGCACUAGACCUGGACUGUGCAGAGAAGGACUUUGUCGCUGCUAAUCUGGUGCAGGUUCUACACAGACUACUAACAGAUGAACACAGUGCACCGGAGAUCAAAUACAACUCCAUGAUCCUCAUCUGCUCCAUCAUGGGAUCAGAGCCGCUGCAUAAAGAAGUGCAGAGCUUGGCCUUCAUCGACGUGGUGUCCGGUCUGCGCUCACAUGAGAACAAGACGGUGGCGCACCAGGCCUCUCUCACAGAGCAAAGGUUAACGGCGCAGAGCUAAAGGACUCUUCCACAGCAUCUCCUCCCUGCCUGCUUCCCCUCACACACGUAUCUCUCGUUGUCAUGUGCCAAGCUGUUGUCCCCUCCGCGUUCCCUGCUACAGACUCUCAAAGCCCUCUGUUUGCCCCGUGCAUGCAGAGACGUGUUACCCAAAGGCGGCCAUACUUUGUAGACCGCCUUCUGCAAUAGAUUCAUACCCGAACAGCAAAAUAUUUUUAAAAGACCAUAGCUGUGAUAAAAAAAACAAAACAAUAUGAAAUUCACCUAUAAAGAUAGUCGAGAUAAAAAUAGAACAUGCUGGCAGUGGAUUAGCGCAGCUGUGCUUUCAUGACAUGUAAAAUCACCAACUUGUGCAUGUUUUUUUUUUUUUUUAAUUGUCCAGUUUGUUGAUGUUCAGCUAUUCAAGCCACGCCCAUAUGAUAUGCCACGCCCCCUAUCCUUCUGCUUACUAAUUUACAUAGAAGAGUAGAGAUGAAAUGUGUUUGUACUGUAUAGGGCACCUCUGGACCAGCGCAUGGACUUUUUCAUAUUUUGCCUCCUGGUACUCGUGCCACCCAUAAUCCAUAUCUACUGGAAAGAGCUAAUUCCAUAUCAUUAGUCUGUUGCAUUUACAAAAAUCUGUGAUUAUUGUCAUAUGGAUGUGUGAAGAAGUCAUAUAUCUUGAUACCGAGGACUACAGUCGUUGUAUGUGAUGCUCUUGGAAACAUGAGUUUGAUUAUUUCAGGACCUCAAUAAAACAAGUGACGUCAUUAUAGUAUCAAUAACUUAAAAAGGAUAGUUCACCAAAAAAAUAAAACAAUUCUUUCAUCAUUUAUUCACCUUCAAGUGGUUCCAAAACUCUAUGGCUUGCUUUCUUUUGUUAGCACACACAAAAAGAUGUUUUGAAGAAUGAUGGUAGCCAAACAGUUUUGGGUCUUGUUGACUUCUAUGGUAUUUUUGUCCAUACUGUGGAAGUCAGUGGGACUUGGAACUAUUUAGUUACCAACAUUCUUGAAAAUAUCUUCUUUUGUGUUCCUUCUUUUGUCUGUAGAAGGUAUCUUGAAUAAUUUAGUAUCCAAAUUUUUUCAAGUCCCAUUGACUUCCAUAGUAUUUUUGUCUGUACUGUGGAGGUCAGUUGGACCGAAAUGGUUUGGUUACCAAAAUUCUUCAAAAUAACCUUCUUUUUUGAAGGAUGAAACUAUUUGGUUACCAAAUCCUGCAAAAUAUCUUGUGUUCCACAGAAAAAAUGAAUAACAUUGAAUAGAUACAUUUAACAUAUAUAGUGUACAUAAAAGAUACUUGAAUGUUGGUAACGAAUGUUGGUAACCAGCAUUUUUUGGGGCUUGACUUCCAUGGUAUUAUAUAGUCAGUGAAACCUGAAACUAUUUGGUAACCAAAUUCUUCGAAAUAUAUUUUUAUUUGUUCCACAAACUAAGGAAAUGCCUACAUUCUAUAGAAAGUAUUUUGGGAAAACGUUGGUAACCAGAUAUUUUUGGAUUCAAUUGGACUUGAAUGGUACAUUUUAUCUGUGCUAUGAAAGUUAAAUGGACCUAGAGCCAAAUAAAGAAAUUCAAAGACCCGAAAAGCGAACAAAGAUAUUUUGAAGAAUGUUGGUAACCAGACAGUUUAGUGUCCCAAAGACUUCCAUUGUAUUUUUGUCUAUACUAUGGAAGUCAGUGGGACUGAAACGGUUUGGAUACCAAAAUUCGUCAAAAUAAUCUUCAUAACAUUUAACAUUUGGUUAACAAAUUCUGAAAAAUAUCUUAUUUUGUGUUCCACAGAAGAAAGGAAUUCCAACAUUCUAUAGAUACAUACAAAUAAGAAGAUAUCUAGAUGAAUGUUGGUCACUAAACAUUUGAAGUGAAGUGAAGAAAGGAAUGGCAACAUUCUGUAGAAGGUAUUUUAAAGAUGUUUUGUGUCCUAUUGACGUCCAUUGUAUUUUUGGCCCAUACUAUGGAAGUCAAUGGGAAUGUUGUUUAUCGAUAUAUCUUCUUUUGUGCUCCAGAGAAAAUGCAUGCAAUGCAUACAGGUUUGGAACAACAUGAGUAUGAGUGAAUGAUGACAUGUUUUUCCAUUUUGGGAGGACUAUGCCUUUUAAACAUACAUUCCUGGUCAGGAAAUAACUAGCAUGACUGCCAGUACGCCAUUAGCACACACACACACACACACAUACAGUAGACAUCAUGGCAGAUUACUGAGACAUGUAAGGGCUGGGACAGGUUAAACCGCUGAGCAAGGUAACCGGAUAAUAAUGAUAAUAAUACUUAUGUCUCAGACGACAAACAAUCAUUGUGAAUGUUUCUUUUGAGAAUGUGUUGUUUAGUUUUUUUGCAUGUGUCCUUCUUUCCAUCCUCUCCAGUAUCCUCUGAACAUGCACCUCCUUGCAUGUCCGAUACUGUGAACAUUUCUUAUUUAUCAUGUUUGUACCCUCGAGGAUCCACAUGGCAAUCCAGUUUAUCUACAGUAGAGCCGUACAAAUAUAAACGGAAAUAAUAGUUGUAAAUGUCAUUGAACUGUACAUUUCAAAGAUUUAAACUUAUUAAAACAAUUGCUGGUGACAAAUUUA